CUCAAGCACGCACUUCUAGUCAAACGCCAAAUCUCUCCGUCACAAAUAAACCUGUGUAACACGAGAACAUGUUUCAUGCAAUUAUUUUGUUCAACAGUACAACAUGCUGAUGAAUGUGGAGGAUCAGUAAUUCUUACCUUUGAGGAGAGGUCGAUGCAAAUGGGCUAUAGGCUACUCUGCUUUACCCUGUCCCCCCAGUAACUACAAGAUGACCCUGCAUGGGUGCUGCAGUUGACAUAAAGCUUCAAGUUGGAAACUGUUUUCCGCUGACUAGAUGUUUGUUGUGUAUUGUAUGAUUCACGUGGGCGUCGAAAAUACAACUGUGGCUAAACGCGUUACCAGACCCACCCCUUUUACCCGCUAGCUAGCAGAGCAAACUUAGCAAUGGUGUGAGAAAUGGCUGCAAUGAAUGAUGUGCUACUAGCCUGUACCAUAGGGGACAUUGGCUGGCUAAAGAGGGGAUUGGAAAGAGGCAUCAGUUCAAACAGCAUGACAAAAGAGGGCUUGAAAUGCCUCCAUCUGGCAGCUAAACAUGGCAUGUUUGACUGUGUGAAGUAUCUGCUGGAGAACAACAUCAAUGGGGUGAAUGAUCAGGUCACAUCUACCGGAGACACAGCUCUGCACACUGUGCUAGCGAGCAACCUUGGAAAAAUGACCAUCAAGUUUGUACGCCUCUUGUUAGACAAUGGUGGAGACUUGGAUAGGGAAAACAAAGUUGGACAAGUGCCACUACACAUAGCGGCAAGAUUUGGUCAUAUAAAGAGCUUGAAGUUUCUACUUAAUCUUGGAGUAGACAUCAGCAAAACUGAUGACAGUGGGAGCACAGCGUAUAACUUUGCCUGUCUUCACGGAAAACACGAGUGUGCAAGACUCCUAAAAGCACUUCACUGGGCAAAUAAAAAGGAUACUGACUUGGAUGUAAUGUUGAAAAAAGAACAAUUUCGGAAAAAACAAGACAAAGAAUAUCUGGCCCUACACUCUAGGCUGAGAAUGGAAGCUGCUGAUUGUGCUUUUGAGGAGUGGUUAGAACAGAAACAGGCCACUCGAUUGUCUACACCCUCUGCUUGCGAGGAGAGGAAGCAAGUUAGGAGCAGAGCCAGUCAGAAUGGUUACCUGUGUGCUACAUGUACUGCAACUACUAGCAAAUUGCAGAGUGCAGUCUCACGAAAGGUAUCCUCGAAGGUGAACUCUCAGAUCAAAGUCAAUCCUCGUCAAGAACCUCACAAUGUCGACUCUGUGGGCAAGCCGAGAAAGCUAUAUCCUUGCAGCAACUAUCCACCAAAACAUCUCAGAUGUUCUAGCACUGGUGAUAGCAAAUCAAAACAUGGAUUAAAAUCUGGUAGAAGCUCCAGAGCUACAGUACGUUCUGAAGUAAUCAUUGUGCAAAAGAAAUCGAAAUCAACACCAAACGAAAAGGCUACAAAAAUACAAAACACCUCUGCCAAAGAGGCAAAUACCACACCCAAUAAACACUUCAAAUCUACUCACAAGCCUCAGCAGAGGAUGACUGUGUGGAUGAAGAUGAAGACCUGUUGUUUCAUAAUGUUGGACUCGCUAACAACCUAGAAACCCUGGCACUACCAAACAUGAUCAAACACAAAACUCAAAAUGAAUUUAUUCAACUAUUGCAGUCACUUGGUGAAUCUAGCUCAAAAACCUUAAAUCGUUCUCGCUCUGUUUCACUAAGAAGAAGCUCUGUACAAAGCAUCACACAUCAGCAAAGACUGAGCCUAGGAGCAAUACCCGAGGGGAAAAUGGUGACUAGUUACAGUGAUGAGGAACAAUCAACUGCACCUUCGCAGAUCAUAGACGAUAGUUUUAUUGAGGAACUGAUCAAGUCGCUAAGCAGCCAAGAGCCUGAGGGCAGUACAAAGAGUCCCAGAAGCAGAAUCGUAUGGGAUGAAGAAGACGCUGAUUCUUUAGAAAAUGACACACCUCUCAUUGAGGUAUCAGCUAUAGAGGAACAGCAGUCGAGAAGAUCAAGUUUGACUCUCUCUUUAUCAGAUUUUGGUUCACAAUGCCGCGGAAACUCCUCAUCUUCGAAUGAGCACACAUUGAAAGUUGUGAACAUGGAAUGGGACCCAGUGUCAGGUUCAGUGCAGUCUGUUAUCACUCCCUCCCCUCUAACACCCCCGCCUGCGGAUAUGCAUCAGAGGAAGUAUCUGUCUCCAAGAACUUCACCAACAUUCAGGACCGUGAACCCUAUCACUGGCAGCUUAUAAUUCUCAGUUGCUUCUUUCUCACUAUAAUUUAUGAUGCACUUACACUAGCCAUAAUUAUAUGCAAACUGUUACUUCCGAUGUUCAGUAUCAUCUUGUUGUUGUGUUAAUGUGGCUAUAAUUAUAAUUAUCAUACAACUCUCCUGAUGAGUAUAAUUAUAU